UUAAAGUCUCUUAAAGAUCAUAUUCACAGCAGGAAGGACCGGUUUCACUUAUAUGUUGUGCUUUUAAACAUAUUUAAUAUGUUAAUAUGCAUUUGUUUAGCGCAUAAACAGACAGACAGAUCGAGAGAGAGAUGAUAGAUUUGAAUGUAUUAUGCUUAAAACUAGCUAGAAAUAUCUGAUUAUAUCUGGCAUUAUUAUUCCAUCAUGUAUUGACUGUUGCAUAAGAUUUGUGCUAGAAAAUCCUGUAAGUCUGUUGAGGAACCUUAUCAUAAUGUUUCUUAAUUUUGUACUUUUUUUACUAAUUCAAUGAUCCAAUUAAUUUUGAUAGCAGCUAUAGGGUAAAUAUGUAACUUGUUCCAGUUUGUUAUGAAAAGUUUAUGAAAGCCAAAACGUGUAACAAGAAGAAGAAACAAAUGCACAGGUACCUUCACUUUAGCCAUUAUCUAGCAGCUUACAUAAUACAUUAUAGUAUACAUUAUACAUACUACAUUAUGCAUUAUACAGAUAUGAAUAGCCUACAUUAGUGUGAAAUCCUACGCUGCCUAAAAAGGGCUCAUUUAGAUCAUGCUAAUGAGCUCUCGUUUAGCUCAUGUUGUCAUGUAUAUCCUGGCUAAAUCUAAAACCUCUGUUUACUUUGGUGUGUCCGACUCUGUGUGUCCGUCUGGUGUUACUAGGCCCCACUACAUUAGCAUUAUAGCAUCAAAAAAUCAUGAAGUUUGCCAAACAAUCUUUAACCGCAUUUAAAGAAUGUAUAGUGUGGAAAAUGGUUUCGAUAUAUAUUUGAAAAGCCACUAGCAUUAAACAUUGACAUUCAAGUUUGUCAGUCAAAUAGAAGUUGUUAGCAGCUCUGCCUUGGUAGGUGAUUGCAAGGCCCCACUACAUUAACAUUAUAACAUCAUCACAUCUUAUGCAGUUUGGCUAAACAUUCAAGUUUUGGCCAUAUGUUGUACAUAUAUUAUGAAAAACAGUAUUGAAAUCUAUUAGAAAAGCCAUGCACUAGCUUGAACAUGUUGCCUUUUGACUUUGAUGUUAAUCCAGUUUUGUCAUCCAAAUAACAGUUGAUAAGAGCUCUUCAUAGUUACAUAAAACCUAUUCUGCCUUUAAAAAAAUGCAUGAGCAUUUCAUAAAGUGUACAAAACACAAUGUACCCAACUGACCACAUAUGCAGCCUUCAUUUUCUAUGCUGUACGACUGACCAUCUCCGUCUACUCAACAAUAAAGGACUGUAAUGCAAACUCCAUUGGCCUGUAGAGUCUUCUUGUGUAGAGUCAACUGGCAUGACGGGGUCAAAUAGCCCUUAUAUUGGCAAGUGAACUAAAGGAGGAAAGUACGGGAGGGGUGCCGAAACUGAAGAUGCAGGAGAUGUUCUUGAGAAAGGAGGGGGCAGAGUCAGUGAUAUUUAAACCCCAGAGGUUCUCUCUCUCUCCUCAUCUGUUCCUCAGCUCGCCGGCUGUCUAUCACUAUCUCCUGCACUUCAUUACAGACAAAGGAAGCACUCCAUAGACAAUCAGUAGCUCGCUGAACCUGGAGACAGAAGAUCCAAGAUGCCUCGCUCAAAGUGUGAUGUCAUGUCCAAAGAACCAAGCUCCAACUUGGAAAGUGCCAUGCAGAUGCUUAUCAAGACAUUUCAUAAGUAUUCCGGGAAGGAAGGCGAUAAAUACACACUCAGCCGAGGAGAACUAAGGGAACUUCUGACGGAGGAGCUGGGAAAUUAUCUUGGGAGUGCUCAAGAUAAAGACGCGGUGGAACGAGUGAUGAAUGACCUGGAUUCCAAUAAUGAUGGCGAGGUGGACUUCACCGAGUUCAUCAUCCUAAUGGGGGCACUGACCGUAGCCUGCAAUGAUUUCUUCCUGGACAGCCCGGCACCCAAAAAGCCUGAGAGCAAGGGCGAUGCAGCCACAACAGAGGAAAAGAAAGAAUAAUGAGCAAAUGCUGCAAGAACAGAGAGAGAAAAUGGAGAGAAGUAUUAGUAGGUUGCAUGGUUGAGAACAAGAGAGUGUGUUUCAUCCAUUUCUUUUAUCAGAACCGACAAACCUAGUUCCUGGGGGAGAUUUCUAUGCUUUUAUAAUUCAACUGAAGCUGUUAAUAUACUUUCAAAGCAAAACUAACAAACCCUGAAGGCAAAGACUCAGGGGUUUCACAGGAACACACAUCAGUUCAGUGCCAGGAGCUGGUUUGUCUAAUGCUGAACUAUUUUUAUUUUUUUUCUAGUUAUUGAGAAGUUCCGUCAGGAUGGGUGCCUUCUGUUUCAUGUGACCACAGACAUUAUAUACAGCUAUAUAUAGUGUUUUUGAAUGAAGCAGCAAAGUAUGUUUUGAGUGCAAUCAGUGGCUACUAAGUGUAUGUCAAAGCCUUUAUAGGGAGAAUGGGAUAGGAAAUCGUGACUUAUGGACAGUUAUGACUGCUCAUUUUUAAUAAUUCUCAAAUGUGACUUGAAAACAGAUGUUGAGGUAUUUACAUUUAUAUCUUUCAUGAUGAUAUAAUUAUAAAUACCUGUUAUUGUUGACAGCACUAUUUCAUGGUUACCAUAAAUUCUGAACAGUGUUCAUAAUCUAUUAUAAUUCAGUGUUGAAGAUGUGGACUUGGUUUGUCUCUUCCUUUACAUCUAUUUUUUAGCCUAUUUUUAUUUAAUAAUCAAUAUGUAUCUUCUUAAUUAUAAUAAAUGUGCAACUGA